GUGCAGAACGACAACAGACUCUUCGACUCUCAGAACAACGGACGCGGAGGAUACCAAGCAGGCGAUGACUGCAAGAUACCAUGCCAGAACAAUAAUCAGCAAUAUGACGCAAAGAUGCCGGGUGCUUUGAAAGGCGUCAUGCAAUUCUACGAAGGCAGUGAGCUUGAGAUUCAAUGGACGAACCAACACGGCUGUGGAUUGAACCCCCGUCUUCACUGCAACAUGGUCCUCCAGUACAUGUGCGAAGACUCCGCCCCUGGCCUCCGUGACGGUACCACGACCAGCACAAUCGUUCAGGAUCCCACUGCAGCAAAUUACAUGACAUACGGACAACAUGAACCUUUCUCGUGGUAUCAGCAAUGUUCGACACGAAAGCGGAACAAGCGGUUGUUCACGGCGGAUAGGAAUCUGAACGGGGACACGGCGAUCUUCACUCGUCAGAACAACAACGGGCAGAGAUUUGGGUUCGAGUGUCCUGAGGAGAGGGACUACUAUCCUUACUGGCUCCCCACUCCAUGGCGAGAUAUUUACACAUGCACGGACGAACCCAAACGAUGCAAGUACUACCAAGCCACCAGCCAGAACGGGAACGACAGAGGCAGCUGCUCCGACCCACAGUUCAUAACUAGAUUCGAUUGCGAGCAAAACAGUGCCACAUGGUCCUACUCUGGGAACUUCAACGUCCCAGCGCCCGAUUGCGGCGUAUGCCCUACCACACGGAACAACCAUCUUGGUCAGGCAGAUGGCACGACGCAGUCCCCGUCGUACACCUGGACCGUCCCCGAGGGUGUGCACCCGGACGGGACGAAGUGUGUCCUCAGGCUUCGGUACAACAUCUCGACCAUGGAUUAUGAUGGCUGGGGGACGGAUUCGUUCUACAAUGCCGCGAAUUCCAAAGUGAAGGGUAAUCCAACGGUGGACUUCGUCGGGAUGGGGAAUAAUGUCUCCGGCCCGUUGACGUUGAACAUCAACACCGCGCAAUUUGGGCGAACGUUUGAGGACCGGUCCCAUGUGUUCAUUGUACGCAAACAGCCGGCUGAGUUGAAGCGGAACUUUAUUGGGACUUCCCGGAUCAUCAACCUGAAUGUUCGAGGCAGGAGGGGAAACAUUGUCGAUGUUUAUCCAUCCGUGGAGUACGACUUUGUGCCAAAUACCAUCAAUGCGAAGCGCGGCGAUUAUCUGCACAUUCAGUGGACAGGCUCCGACGCAAAUCAGAACGGCAACGCCGGCAACGGCCGCGACGGCACCGACCGCAGCAACCUCGUAGUAGCAUCCUCGCAAGGCGUCAACUACCCCAUCAAUUUCAAUCCGGACGGCGACACCCCACCAGACCACUUCACCGACAACCGCAAUAUGAUUGCCAAACUAGCGUACCUCGAUCAGACGAACUGUACGACAACCACCGAUGCGAAUAAUCCCCAGAAUUGUGCAAGGAUCAAUUCUGCGAGUGGGUAUUUCAACGCCGGGUUGGUGAGGGUUGAUAAUAAGGGGACGUUCAAUUUGUUGAGCACGAGGAAUAGCGCUUUUUCGAAUCGUGAACGUAAGUGGGAUCGUUCGAAAUGCUGUUGCGCUUGUACAUUUCUGGGUCAUUUUGAACUGGCGUAUGCGAUCCCCCAACAGAGAAAGCAACCCUCAACGUCUCCGAAGACAUGGACAGCGUCGGCGCCGCAAUUGGCAUCGCCAUUGGCGGAGCCGCCUUCCUCGGCGCCGCCAGCUUCGCGUCCAUGCGAUUCGUGCGCUACGGGCGAAGCAAUCCAGCCAGCAAAGCAGGCGCGAUCGUCGGGGCCCUGCACUUGACCAGACCGCAAAGCGAACACGCAUCGACGCCGUCGGACACCGAAGACGUAAUGCGGCAUCCCUAUAUCGCAAAAUUCAACGAAUGGUGGUUGUGGAAAGGCCCCCGAGUUACCAUCAUCACCGCGUUUGUGUUGGUCAACGCUGGGGUCUGGAUUUACGGAUACUGUCUCGCACUUGGUGUCGACCCGGCACCGUACUAUCCGUACGCGAAAGGCUUUGGGAAGACCCUCAACGUCAACUGCUCGU